GCGCCCGUUGCCACAAGACACAUUCGCAUUGUACCCAUGUCUAUCCAUUCAUUGUCACCAUUAAGGUCUCCCCCAAAGCAGUGCGACAUAACCUGCCCGCGAUGCCAGACAUCGUACUGCGAAGGAAACAAUGUAGACAGCGCAUGCGUCAUUUAUUGCGGUCCACAUUACAUGUGCGAGAAGAUGUGUCAGGACACAUAUAAUAAUAUGCAAGUCUGCUUCCGUGGACGGCACACAACGGACAAGGCCGAAGCUGAUGCAGACCGCGCCGAAAUUCGCAAGCGUCACGAUUGCCAGUCCGAGACUGAUGCACCGCACGGUCUCAGAGAGCUUGCGCUUGAUGAAAUAGAGGUGGCCGGAGAAAUGGAAAUCCACAGUCGUGAUCGCCAGCGCGACGAUGAGCCUCCCACGUCGGUGAAACACCCUUCAGACGUCGACGGGAUCCUCGCGCUUCCUUUGAAGUGCGUUUUCUGUCUUCCCGAUGGGUCCAGAAUGCUGCAGGCAUCACCAGACAUUUAUCUCGAUGGACUUGAUGCUCUCUUCGAGUGAUGACGAUUUGCGAAGAAGCGGCAGAAAUUUGAUGGGCUGCAUGGACGUGGCAUAUACGAGGAUCAAUGUAUACUCUAAAC